GCAGGCCGUGCAGCAUUAUGGGCCAAGUUUCCCAUGGUGAGUGCUUGGCAGAGCAGGCGGAGGUCCCGCUGUUCGCUGGUUUGCAGGCGGGCUCUGCUGUGAGUGCAGCACGGAGGCUCUGGGGGGCAGCGGCCGCCCGGGCUUCGGCACGUGGGAAGUGACUCCGCGGCCCAGGCAACCAUCACAGGUUUGUGACCAUGGAUGCCGUAGACCAAGGUGCAGAAGGUGACCAUCUGAGCUUGAAAGGGACGGACCUCUGUCACGCUGCACAGGAAAAGCUGAGCCUUCGCGGUUUCAUACACUCUUCUGGCAGCUGCAGAGAUGAACGUCUCUCAGACAGCUGUGAUGCUCCGCUGGCCUCUGCCUUGCCCCUGUCCUCCUUCAGCAGCUCCUCGGAGCUAUCCGGCAGCCACGGCCCUGGGUUUGCAAGGCUUAAUCGGAGAGAUGGAGCUGGCGGAUGGACCCCACUGGUAUCAAAUAAAUACCAAUGGCUGCAGAUUGACCUUGGAGAGCGAAUGGAGGUCACUGCUGUGGCAACACAAGGAGGAUACGGGAGCUCUGACUGGGUGACCAGCUAUCUCCUGAUGUUCAGUGAUGGCGGGAGGAACUGGAAGCAAUACCGACAAGAGGAAAACAUCAAGGGAUUUCCAGGGAACACGAAUGCCGACAGCGUGGUGCACUACAGGCUCCAGCCGCCCUUCGAAGCCAGGUUCCUGCGCUUCCUCCCCUCGGCCUGGAGCCCUAAGGGCAGGAUUGGGAUGCGGGUCGAAGUGUACGGAUGUGCGUAUCGAUCUGAGGUGGUUUAUUUUGAUGGACAAAGUGUUUUGCUGCACAGAUUUGAUAAGGAAUCCGUAUCACCAAUAAGAGAUACUAUAGCUCUGAAAUUUAAAACCAGGCAGAGCAAUGGAAUUAUACUCUACAGAGCGGGACCACAUGGAAAUAACUUUACAUUAGAAUUAAUUAAAGGAAAACUUGUUUUUGUUCUUAAUCCAGGCAAUGCUCCUGUGCCCCCUACUGAUGCUCCCAUGAACCUCACCCUGGGCAGCCUGCUGGAUGACCAGCACUGGCAUUCUCUCCUCCUCGAUAUCCUUGGCGUACACGUCACUCUCACUUUGGACAAACACACUUAUCAUUUUCAUGCAAAAGAAUCCAGUUACAUGGACCUUAAUUUUGAGAUCAGCUAUGGAGGGAUUCCAACUCCUCAAGGAGCACUGAGAUUCUCAAGUAAAAACUUCCAUGGAUGUUUAGAAAAUCUUUACUAUAAUGGAGUGGAUAUUAUUGAAUUGGCAAAAAAACACAAUGCAGAAAUCCUCACUAUGGGAAAUGUGUCCUUCUCAUGUCCACAACCAGAGAUUGUCCCCGUGACUUUCCUGAGCGCCAGGAGUCAUCUGGAUCUGCCAGGCAGCCCUGGGGAGGACAGAAUAUCUGUCAGUUUUCAGUUUCAGACGUGGAAUAAGGCAGGCCAGCUGCUUUCCAGUGAAUUUUGGCAUGGCUCUGGAAGUUUUGUCCUCUUUCUUAAGGAUGGAAAACUUAAACUGAGUCUCUUCCAGCCAGGACAGUCCUCAAGGACCAUCACAGCAGGUGCUGGACUCCAUGAUGGGCAGUGGCAUUCUGUGUCCUUCUCUGUUAACUCGAGCCACGUGAGUGUGGCAGUGGAUGGCGAGGCAGCUGGGCAGCCCCUGGGGACCAUGCUGAUUGUGUCAGGUGGUGCCUAUCAUUUCGGAGGCUGUCCCAACAGCAGCGCAGGCCGGGGCUGUGAAAGUCUCCUGGGAGCCUUGCAGGGCUGCCUGAGGCUCAUCUCCAUCAGCCGCAGAGCGGUAGAUCUCAUCUCGGUGCAGCAGGGGGCGCUGGGAAGUUUCAGCGACCUCCAGAUCGACUCCUGUGGCAUCGUGGACAGGUGUUUGCCCAGCUACUGUGAGCAUGGGAGCGACUGUUCCCAAUCAUGGGACACCUUCUCCUGUGACUGCCAGGGCACAGGGUAUACCGGAGCCACCUGCCAUUCCUCGGUCUAUGAGCAGUCCUGUGAAGCCCACAAGUACAGCGGGAGCCCUUCUGGGCCUUACUAUAUUGAUGCAGACGGAAGUGGACCCCUGGGGCCAUGUCUUGUGUACUGCAAUAUGACAGAUGGAACCCCACUAAGCUGGUGGGUUGGAAGAACCAAUGAAACACACUCUUACUGGGGAGGCUCUCUGCCUGGUGCUCACAAGUGUACUUGUGGAUUAGAGGGGAACUGCACUGAUUCUCAAUAUCACUGCAACUGUGAUGCUGACCGGAAUGAAUGGAACAGUGAUACCACAGUCCUGGCCCAUAAGGAGCACCUGCCAGUCCCUGGGCUUGUGAUGCCGGGCACAAGCCGACCUCAUUCUGCAGCUGCUCAUGUACUGGGGCCUCUCCUCUGCCAGGGGGACAAGUCAUUCUGGAAUUCAGCUUCCUUCAACACUGAGACGUCGUACCUGCAUUUCCCUACCUUCCACGGAGAACUCACUGCAGAUGUGAGCUUCUUUUUUAAGACCACGGUCUCCUCGGGUGUGUUUAUGGAGAACCUGGGGAUCACAGACUUCAUCAGGAUAGAGCUGCAUGCUCCCUCGGAAGUGACCCUGUCCUUUGACGUGGGGAACGGCCCUUGCGAGGUCUCCGUGCAGUCAGCCACGCCCUUCAGCGACGGUCGGUGGCACCGCGUGCGGGCAGAGCGCAACGUGAAGGGGGCCUCCCUGCAGGUGGACCAGCUGCGCCCGCAGGUGCGCGCCGCCCCCGCCGACGGCCGCCUCCGCCUGCAGCUCAACAGCCAGCUCUUCGUGGGGGGAACAGCCAGCAGGCAGAAAGGCUUUGUGGGCUGCAUGAGAGCUCUGCAGCUGAACGGGAUCUUCCUGGACCUGGAAGGCAGAGCCACCGUGACUCCGGGAGUGGAGCCGGGGUGUGCCGGACAUUGCAGCAGCUAUGGACACCUGUGUCACAAUGGAGGAAGGUGUAGAGAGAGACACAGAGGGAUCGCUUGUGACUGUGCCUUUUCUGCAUAUGAUGGACCGUUCUGCUCACAAGAGAUCUCUGCCUAUUUUGAAACUGGCUCCUCAAUGACCUAUAAUUUUCAAGAACAUUACACCUUAAGCAAGAACACCAGCUCCCUGACGGCUUCUUCACUCCAAAAGGAUAUAACAUUUUCCAGAGAAACCAUCACGCUGAGCUUCCAGACGACAGGAACUCCAAGCUCACUACUCUACGUGAGCUCUUUCUAUGAGGAGUACCUUUCAGUCAUCCUGGCCAAAAAUGGAAGCUUGCAGAUUAGGUACAAGCUAGACAGCCACCAAGAGCCAGAUGCUUUUAACUUUGAUUUUAAAAACAUGGCAGAUGGGCACCUUCACCAGCUGAAGAUCAACAGAAAAGAAGCAGUGGUCUCUGUAGAGGUUAACCAGAGUGCCAAGAGAGAAGUCAUCCUGUCAUCAGGGACAGAAUUCAACGCUGUCAAAUCCCUGGUGUUGGGAAAGGUUUUAGGGCCUCCCGGCGCAGACCCGGACACGCGGCGGGCGGCGGCGCGCGGCUUCACCGGCUGCCUCUCGGCUGUGCGCUUCGGCUCCGCGGCUCCCCUGAAGGCGGCGCUCGGCGCGGGGUCCCCGGCCCGGGUCACCGUCCGCGGCCGGGUGGCCGCCGGGUCCCGCUGCGCGGCGGGGCCUGGGCCCGGACAGGGGGCGCGGGCGCUGGCGCCCCAGGUUGCCGGCGGCGCAGGUGGUGCAGUCCCAGCAGAGGCGGGCGAGCCCUUCCUUCCGGCGCGCAGCGACUCGGGGGUCAUCGGAGGUGUGAUAGCAGUCGUGAUAUUUAUUCUGCUCUGCGUCGUUGCUAUAGGCUUACACGCUUAUCAACAGAGAAAAUUACCCCAAAAAAGUGAGUCGAAAGUCUCAGCAAAUGAAGAGUGCUAGAACUGCUCUGGAAGAUGAGCUCAGUAUCAAAACACGGUGGAAGUCAGAAAGACUUUGCCUUCUGAUCGGCAGCUGUGACGACCCACCCUGAGACUGUUUGCCAGUACUGUUCCCGCCAUCAGGGGAGGUGGCAGUGCCAUCAGCUUGCUGAAGACCUGUGGUCUCGGAAAGUUCCAGAGGCCCCGCUUGCCUCUGUGAGACAAGCCCUCCAGUGCUUAUCAACAAACUAAGGAGGGCCAUGAAUCACCGUUGAUCAGGCCCCACAGUUUGAAUGCUCUCUUCCAAAGCCGAGGUUUAAUUUGUGUAUUAUGGUUUUUCACUGAGAAAAAUGGCCAGGUAUCUCUGAUCUUACUUACUGAUAAAUGGAACAGAACUUUGGUCCAGGUUUAAAGACAAAGUUCAGUUCUAAUGCUUUUUUGUUAUUUGGAAACGUAUCUGAGGUCCUUUUAUGGUUCCCCUGGUGAUAUUUAUAAAACAGGAAAUGCUUCUUAGAUCAGUAUCAGUGUCAUUUCCAUUGUUUGCAGCACCAAGUGACACACCAAAAAUUAACAGCAGUCCUACUUUCCCUAUCUGAUGAUCAAUACAAUGCAAUAGAGGUUUUGGAUAUGUUGUUAUUUUUGGUAUAUUGCUUUUUCUAAUCGACUUUUUAAUCAUUUUUGAUAAAUUUUAAUGUUGAAAUGAUUAUCAAAUGUAAAAGUAUGAAAUUUUAAUAUUGAAUUUUGUAAUGGGACAGAGAGUUGAUGGAUAUCAGGCUGCAUAAAGGAUGUCAAGGAAAUCUGCUUAUUUUUCUUUGUAAUUUGUAAUUACUAUAAUUUUUGUGAAUUGUGACUAUGUUUUUAACUAAAUUAACCAGACAUAAAUGCCACUUCUCUGAGUUAUCCUUUAUUGAUACCAUUAUCUUACUGAAACAUUAAUUUACUCCUCUAAUAUUGUAUUAUUAUGUUAGUUUUUCCUUUUAAGCUUUAUUUCUCUAAAGGUUUUCCCAAUGCCUGUGGGUUCCUAUGAAUAUAUUGCACAGAGUAUCUUUUCAGUUUCUGAGGAAAAUUAGCUGCAAUUCCUUUUCUAAAUUUUGAAUUGUUCUAGGCAUUAAUACCAUUGUAUAGUAUAAUCUUGUCUAACUGCUUUUGAAAUAUAGACUGAGGCUACUCACUCCAAGGAAGCACAGCAUUAUGUUAAAUCUAUACUAUGGGAAGUCUGCUACUACACACAGGUUUAUGAGCAUGGGGUUAAAUUCUUAUAGAUUUGCCAAAUUGAAUAGACCCUGUAAAGGCUUACACAAAUACCAAAA